CCGUAACGUUAUUAAUUUAGCAUCCACCAAUCAUUUUCCCGAUUUCAACACCAAUCAUCUCUCUAUUCCUCUGCAUGUCCAAUCAUCUUCGAGGAGUUUUCGUGCAGUCGAUGAGAACGGUUGAGAGCGACGACGACGAAAAAGAUAGUGUUGGUGAAGAAGAUGAAAUUUCCGAAGAGCUUGAUCGAGGAUCUUCACAAAUGGGGAUGCAUGAAGCAGACGGGCGUGAGCCUCAGGUACAUGAUGGAGUUCGGUUCCACCCCCACCGAGAGGAACCUUUUGAUCUCUGCGCAGUUUCUCCACAAGGAGCUUCCCAUUCGCGUCGCGAGGCGGGCGCUCGAACUCGAGACGCUGCCUUACGGUCUCUCCGACAAACCUGCCGUCUUGAAGGUAAGAGAUUGGUACCUGGAAUCAUUCAGGGACAUGAGAGCGUUUCCCGAGAUCAAGGACACUGCUGACGAGAAAGACUUCACUCAGAUGAUAAAGGCCGUCAAAGUAAGGCACAACAACGUGGUUCCCAUGAUGGCUCUCGGUGUUAACCAGCUCAAGAAAGGAGUCCAUUUCUACGAGAAUCUUGAUGAGAUUCAUCAGUUUCUUGAUCGCUUCUACUUGUCCCGUAUAGGCGUCCGUAACCUUAUUGGGCAGCAUGUUGAGUUGCAUAAUCCAAACCCGCCACGUCACUGUGUGGGUUACAUACACACCAAGAUGUCUCCUGUGGAGGUAGCAAGGAACGCGACUGAAGAUGCACGGUCUAUAUGUUACCGAGAGUAUGGUUCCGCUCCGGAGAUCAACAUAUAUGGUGAUCCAAGUUUCACCUUUCCGUAUGUUCCAACCCAUUUGCAUCUUAUGGUGUAUGAGCUAGUCAAGAACUCUCUACGUGCUGUCCAAGAGCGAUAUGUUGAUUCCGAUAGAGUUGCACCACCAGUACGCAUUAUAGUUGCUGAUGGUAUCGAAGAUGUUACAAUAAAGGUCUCAGAUGAAGGGGGAGGUAUACCGAGAAGUGGUCUCCCCAAAAUAUUCACAUAUCUUUACAGCACGGCAACAAACCCGCUCGAAGAGGAAUUGCAGUUUGGAACAGCUGAUGUUCCCGUGAUUAUGGCUGGUUAUGGUUAUGGUCUGCCAAUUAGUCGUUUGUAUGCUCGUUAUUUUGGUGGAGAUUUGCAGAUCAUUUCCAUGGAAGGAUACGGGACUGAUGCUUACUUGCACUUGUCGCGCCUUGGUGAUUCACAAGAGCCUUUGCCCUGAGAAAAUCUCACAGCUCAGGCUUGUGAAUAAAGCUUUGACAUACUAAUGGUAGUGACACGGGAUCUACUUUGUUCACUAAGUUUUUUUUUUUGUUUUUUUUUUCAGUUUAUUUGAUGUACAUACAUUAUUACUCUCAUUUAUGAUUUGAAACUCAGAUAUGGAGGUUAUUCCAAGUGAGUUAAAUCUCCUCUGACUUGUGAUUUUAUUUGAUUCAAAACAUUUUGUAAGGAAAACGUUAUUGUCCUGGUUUAUAUAUUUGAAAAAAAAAUAUUUAUUGAAGAA